GUUUUGAGCGCGGGAGCUUUGAGGAAAUUUGCCGACAUCAAGCAGAAAACGUUGCAGGUGUUAUCAUGGCGAUGAGAGGAGAGACGAGAGUGGAGGUAGAGACGGAGGAAGAGGAGAACUACGGCCCACAGCCUCUCUCCAGACUGGAGCAUUGUGGGAUUAGUGCCAGCGACAUCAAGAAGCUGGAGGAUGCAGGGUUCCACACCAUAGAAGCAGUGGCCUACGCACCCAAGAAAGAGCUGCUCAACAUUAAGGGCAUCAGUGAAGCCAAAGCAGACAAAGUUUUAGCAGAAGCAGCCAAGCUGGUGCCGAUGGGCUUCACUACCGCUACUGAGUUCCAUCAAAGGAGAGCAGAGAUCAUCCAGAUCUCCACAGGCUCCAAGGAGCUGGACAAAUUACUGCAGGGUGGGAUCGAGACGGGUUCCAUCACAGAGAUGUUUGGAGAGUUUCGGACCGGAAAGACCCAGCUGUGCCACACGCUGGCCGUUACCUGUCAGCUGCCUAUUGAUCAGGGAGGUGGAGAAGGAAAAGCAAUGUACAUCGACACAGAAGGAACCUUCAGACCUGAGAGACUGCUGGCUGUAGCUGAAAGGUAUGGGCUAGUGGGCAGCGACGUGUUGGACAAUGUGGCCUACGCUCGAGCCUUCAACACAGACCACCAGACUCAGCUGCUUUAUCAAGCCUCUGCCAUGAUGGCUGAGUCCAGGUAUGCCCUGCUUAUCGUGGACAGCGCCACCGCGUUGUACAGGACAGACUAUUCAGGCAGAGGGGAGCUGUCGGCCAGGCAGGGGCAUCUGGGGCGGUUCCUCCGCAUGCUGCUCCGGUUAGCAGAUGAGUUUGGGGUUGCCGUGGUAAUAACCAACCAAGUGGUGGCACAGGUCGAUGGGGCAGCCAUGUUUUCAGCAGAUCCCAAGAAACCAAUUGGUGGCAACAUUUUGGCUCAUGCUUCCACCACAAGGCUGUACCUGAGGAAAGGCCGAGGAGAAACCAGGAUCUGUAAAAUCUACGACUCCCCCUGCCUGCCGGAGGCUGAAGCAAUGUUUGCAAUCAAUGCAGAUGGCGUUGGAGAUGCCAAGGACUGAGCCUCCCUUGGCCAGCAGGGGGCUGUAGUGAGCUCAGGAAGAGCUAGAGUAAAGUGUUCUCAUGGUUGGUUGACUGUUCAUCACAGUCAGUAAAUGUCUCCUACCUGGACAUCAGGUCAUAUUAGAUCUAAACAUUCCUCAGUUACAUGAUGAGUAUCAGUAACAAGUCCUUCAUAGAGUACUGACAAUAUAACCUGGGAAACCUGAAUAAAUGACUUCAAUGGACAAUAUUUGUCUAGAGAUUUUGCUGAGGCUUGUGUGUCUAAGUUUAGCCUCAGAAGGCAGAAAUUUUAUUUAAAAUGUUUUUGUCCUUAAGCUGUUCUGUCCAUAUUCCCUUCAGAACUAAAUUUCUGAAUUAUUUGAGCAGUGUGUUAAGGGAUCCUUUAAUAAACUGGUAACUAAUUCAGAACCAAGCAGUUUCAUUUCAUUAAAAUUUAAUAUUGAUUCAGAUUUACAGGAAACGACGAUCAUUUUUUUCAUUGAGUGCUAACCAAAAAAUAUAAGUGCAAUGAUGUCACUGUAAAAAUAAGACAAGUAAGACUUUUCUGGCAGCUGCUGCAACACUUGAGGCUUUAAACACUCAAAGACCAAGAAACCUGCUGCUGCUCUGAGAUCAGCUCAUAUGUUCCUGGGCCAGUGGUCAUUGGAGGCAAACAUGCUGCAGCAGCUUCAAUGGGUGUAGUAGUCAGGUAAGCCUGCUGCUUCUUAGACUGACAGUUGGAGAAAAAACCCCAAAGGGCUGAAAAGUUUGCAAUAAAGGUAAAAUCAAUAAAUGCAAAGCACAGAUGUGGAAUCAAUAAAUACAAUCCAAGCAAUUAAAAAAAAAACAG